GUGAAAGUCGAGUUAACUUAAAAUCAUAUGAAUCCACGUUCUUUGAGAUUAAUAUGGAUUGUUUAUUUCAGUGAGACAAACAUUACGUCUUUAAUGGAAUUAAUUGCUUUAAUGGAAUUGUAAAGUAAAACACUUGAAACCUGAUAAGAACUUUAUGGAAUGAGAAGUAUGGAUAAGUAUAUAUAGCGAAAGUGCUAUGAGAAAUCGAGAUAUGAUUGACAGCGUGCGGAGUUUUCAAUAAGCGGUGAAAGAGACAUUGAAUGAUCUUGGAUGACAAUUCGUCGAAACGGAAAUAAUGAAAAAAAACACAACUAUUACCGCACUUACCGCUUAUACGAGAGUACAUGUAUUAAUUAAAAUAUUAAUAUCAAACUAGGAGAAACAUUCCCGCUUUGUUGAAGCCUUUACUUAUUAUCUGAAAAGACGUAGACGUUAAAUUGUUUUUAAACAGCAUUUGCUUUCCAUAAUGAGUACAGAAAAGAGGCAUUCAAACAAGGUCUAUAUUUAAUCAUACAAAACCGGGCGAAGUGUUUUAACAGUUAACAAGACUUGGCUCUCUUUUUAGUGCACUGGGAGGUGCAUCCGCCAUAUUUAAAAAUAUACAUACAUAGUAUGAAGCGAGCGGGUUUGGUGUAGGAAGUACAAUUGAUAGUUUGUUGAAGGUUUGUUCAACAUUAAUCAGUGUGUUAACUCGGAAUGUCGACAUCAGAAGGAGCUGAUGUUGAUAGGUACCUUAAAGAAAGUGUAAAUAGUUAUAAAGAAUGCUCUGUCAAAAACACCGCCAGACGAAACUCGCUACAGAAGAAAACUUUGGUCAUUGAAUCUGAGCGGCGAUUGGCUAGCAGCAAAAUGACGCGAGAGGAACGCUUACUAAAGAAACAAUUGCGACAAAUGAAUAUUGAGAAGGUUAAGAACCACCUUGUUCACAGUCUAAGAGACGCCCAUGAGAAUGAUAAUCACCGACAGACCAGUCGAGAUGAGAAGAAACCCCAUGAACGUCACAUUCCUGUGGAGCCAUAUCCGAUAACCUUCCGUGAGUCGCCCAGUUCACCGGAACUAGAUCGAAGACACCAUGAUUCCGGUAAAGCAUAUUCAGCGAAGGGCCGGCGUCGGCCGUCCCGUGAAUUCGAGGACCUUAGCUUGAACACGCGACCCGUGGGACCGUUGUUCAAUAUCCAAGAGUUUACCGAGGAGGAAAGUCCCAGACGACGCACGUAUUCGAUGUCGGCUGCGCAACAGAUUAUGGCGCGAAAACACAAGAUCUCGUCCCGUCACUCCAGCCGAUCAAGCACGCCUUCUGGCUCCCCAACGUUACAAAGAACGCGAAAAAUCUCAUCUGGCAGUAAACAUGGCAGUAACUCAUCCGGCUCGUCAAAGAGCAGCCUUAAUGAUAGUAAAGAAAGAAUUCACUCCCUUAGUGACCUUCAUUGGAUCGGUGAACCGGAAGCGAUUAAUUCCAUCCGAAGACCACGUCUAACGGUAGAUCAGCAGGAAUUGGAAUCGGAGAUUCACAAAUUGAGCGUUUCAUAAGUGAUUUGAUAGAUGAUUAUUCAAUCGAUUUAUUUGCUUUAUAUGUUCUAUCAAAAGCAGUCUCAAGUUAACAGGUCAUUUUUUAAAUAAUUAGUUUUGCUUUCUAAUCAGUUUCAUCUCAACAAUUGUUUCUGGAUUAUUUCUCAACAUAAAUGUUAUUCGGUACACGCGCAUGUAUUGUUAAAUAUGUAACUAUUUGCAAUCAGCGUGAGGAAGAAAUUAUCUUUUUAUUUAUUCAUAUUAUAUGUGUAGUUUACUUCAUUUUUUAAUCUUUGAGAUUACAAGUCUCAACGAGAAUUGUUUUAGUCAUUAAAGACAAAUGUAUGUGGUGAUCCUUAAUGCAUAGCAGAUCUGAUGGUUUCUUAAUUUGGGUGUGAUAAAUCGCUGGGUUGAUUUUUGAGACGUUUAAGAUUCAGUUUCCUAGCUCACCAGUCGAAUUAUCGCAUGUAUCUCAACUGACUUUAUAUGGGCGAUAAUUCAGAUGCACCUAAUAAAAAUACAUAACCCAAACAAACUGCUUUAUAGAGGAUAUUUAUCAGCUUUUGUUGUAUGGCGUGAACUAUUUUUAUAAAAAACUGAGAAAAUAAAUAUUUUCACAA